AGCGCGUUUGGGUUAAUCAGGAGCGUCCAAAUCUUACGCACGCAGUCUGGAAGUUUUCGCUCCAGUUUAAGUUUAACUCCCAGUGACUCCGGUUACAGACAGCAUGAUCAUGGUCAGAGAAGAAGAAAGAUAAGAAGCUAAAUAAAAAAGCCGGGCUGAAUGUGACUCAUGCAGGCUGAAUUAUGCCUCUGCCUGUGAUUUACUGACCGGGAGUGCGCUCCUCAGGCUGGAUGUAUGGUUGACUGAAGAAGUCGUAACAUUUGUCCCACAUAUAUAUUUGCUUCCGUGGAGCUAACUCGUGAGAGUUGUGAUGGAGGGCCACAUGUUGUUUGCGUGGAUGCUGAUGUGUUUGCUCCUGCAGCCCUCAACCGCACAGAACAGCCCACCUGAAGGAGUGCUGAACUGCUGUGAGGGGGACGUCCUCUUCUUGGUGGAUUCCUCGGGGAGCGUGUCAUCCUACGAGCACUCCCGAAUGCUAGCCUUCCUGUCCGAGCUCAUCUCCCCCUUUUCGCUAGGAGAGGACCAGGUAAGGGUAGGACUUCUGCAGGUGGGCACCAAACCACGUCUCGAGUUUGGCUUUGAUAAAUACAGCACCCAAAGCGGCCUUCAGGCAGCUUUGAAAACCAUCAAGCCUCUCAGGGGGGACACCAACACAGUUGAGGCGCUGAAAAUGGUGAAGGAGUGGGUCCUGCGACCUGGAAAGGCUGGCGGCGCCCGGGAAAGGCUCCCGAGGGUGCUAGUGUGGCUGACUGAUGGGGUAAAACCAGGGGAUGUGACUGGACCGAUGGCUCAGCUACGGGACGAUGGUGUGGCCGUGCUGGUCGUGUCCACUGGCCAUGGCAACUACCAGGUGUUGAGGCAGGUGGUGAGCCCACCUGUGGAGGACCACCUGCACUUUGUGGACAUUGACGAUAUGAGCAUCAUCACAAAGGAAUUCCGGGAUGCCAUUAUUGAGAUCAUCCGAGCUGAACGAAUUCACGUUCGAGACGUCUCCACCAGCUCCGCCACGCUGCAGUGGCGACCCGUUCUGUCCGGGUUGACGGGCCACUAUGAGAUCCGCUUCACUGAACUUCGGAAAGGAGUCGGUGGGGUUGAGACCAGUAGGCCUGAUACCAGUGGAGCCACUGAAGGAAGUCUCUUCCAGAGACUUACGCAGACUGCGGACUCCAGCACUGCCAGAUUAACUGGCCUGAAGCCUGACACCAACUAUAUCGCCAUACUGAGACCACAGUCCAACGAACAAGCCUUUAACGAGCUCAAUGUCACCUUCAGAACUAAACCAGAGGUGCUGAGCCCAGCUGUGGUAACAGUUUCCGAGCCUGGACAAACCAGUGUUCGGGUCAGCUGGGGUCCUCUCCAGCCAGGGAUGGUUGAGAGUUACUCUGUUGAGUAUUCUGCCCUGCCCACGGGUAAAGUGCACUAUGUCCAACUGAGUCGAAGUCAGAACUCUACUCUGCUCAGAAACCUCCAACCAGAUACCACUUACUUGGUCACUGUUACCGCCAGGCACGCCUCAGGAAAGGAGAAAGCCAUGUCUGUCAAAGUGUGCACUCAAGAAGCGACUCCAGCGCUGGCAGACCUCCAGUUGACUACAGUGGGUAGUGACUCAGUAGAGGUUGAAUGGAACGGUGGCACAUCUGGCUUGAGGGGCUACUGGCUCACUUGGGAGGGACAGCAAAGCUCUGCCCCUGGUCAGCGCUCCUCCCUCUACUUGCCACCCGACUCCCUCUCGACACGGCUCACGCACCUGCCCCCUUCGGCUAGAGUGUGCGUGUCACCCAUUUACCGGACGGCACGGGGAGAGGGACUGUGUUGCACGGCACAGUUUCACUCAGAUGCAUUAGUGUAUGGCUUCCAGUCAUAGCACCCUGGGACUGCAACUGUACCUUACCAAACAUGGAGGGACGAAGGCGAGAAGAAUGCUGACUUUCAUCCAUAAUUCUUUUCCGUGCCUUUCCCCUCUGUGGAAAUCCUCCAGGAGUGACGUGUGGGUUGGCUUACCGAACACUCAUGUGGAAGCCAUGGACACUUAAGAGUAGUCGGGGGGGGAAACAGCCACAUGCUGACUGCUGCAAUCUGCGACACAAAGGAAUAACCGCUUUCCUGUUUUUAUCUUCUCAUCUGGUUUGCACCUGUACUAAAUGAUGCUUCACAAUAAGGACGCGCAUUAAAGAAACAUAAUUUGUAGGCCUGUUUUACAGCUACAGAGAAGGGUGUGAUGGGAAUGUUGAGUUUUAUGUGGCUUGUUUUGAAAAAUGGGUUUCCACCAUAUGCGGGCCAUUUGUUCAAAUCUGCUCCCUCCCUCAAAUCCACGUAACGCACAGAAAACAUCUGAUUUACAUUUUUGAUGAAUACAGUGAAUUCUGCUUCAGUUGACAGUAUUCAAAAGAUUAAAGCUUUGGGCAGAUUCAGUUACGAUUGCUUUGACCUUUCAAGAUAUUAUAAAAUCACCAACCACAUGCACUGAAAGUAGAGGGAUGCUGUAUAUGAUGUGCAGAUCGGUGUAACUGAGAGUAGCCUUCUACCGAUGUCUUGUACAUCUAGUAAUAUUUAUUAAUCUGAAAAUCAUGCAAAUAUAAGAAUCUAUAACUUGUUCACAGACAUGCUCUUUACAUUUUAAGACUUUCUUUUACAGCUAGUCUCUGCUGCCCCCUACUGAAAGGAUUACGAGCUUCUCUUUUACUGUAUCCUGAAAACAUGUAUUUUAUGCUGACUGCCUUUGGAAUUUAAUACCAGCUUUCAAUAAAGUCAUUUUGUAAUUUUGUUUACA